AUGUUUAUUUUUAGUGGUUUUGGAGACGUCUUGCUGAACGGGUUUCGUGCACUGUCUGAGCAGUAUCCAAUGGCAGAAGAUUACUCAACUUUGAACUGGCUCUCAGUUCUGUUGAUGAUGGCAUACAUGGGAACAGUGACUGUGAUUCUUCUCAACAUUCUCGUGGCACAGAUGAGUACGACUUACACACAAGCCAAGAAAGUCGCUCGUCUGGAGUAUGAUGUGGAUCGAAUAUUACAACUCAGUCGCAUGGAAAGAUUUCCUUUUCUGAAUUUGCGCGUGAAGUAUUACAAGGAGGGAGACUGGAUCAGUGAAAUGAAACUCGCAAAGGAACUUCUUGAAUUCAACGAAGAUCGUAACCCUUGGGAGUCAGUGGAGGAGAAAGUUAUUGAGAUCAGGAACAUGAUGAAAAAGAUGGUCAAACAGAUGAGGUCUGGAAGAGAAUGA